AUGGGUGUUAGCAAGACCAUCAUCAGCGAGGGCAGCGGAGGCUCCCCCAGCCCCGGCGACACCAUCACCAUGCAGUACACCGGCUGGGUCAAGGACACCAGCAAGCCCGGAAACAAGGGGAAGCAGUUCGACUCGUCCAGGGGCCGCGGCCCCUUCGUCGUCCCCAUCGGUAUCGGCCACCUUAUCAAGGGUUGGGACGAGGGUGUCCCUACCAUGAAGCAGGGCGAGAAGGCCCUCCUCGACAUCACUCCUGGCGUGCCCCAGGCUGGCAUCCCCCCCAACGCCGACCUCCUCUUUGAGGUCGAGCUCGUCAGCUUCAGGAAGUAA